AUGCGUUUCUUCCCAGCGCUGCUUUUGGCUUGCACAACCGCGAUAUGGCCCGCAGCCGUGCUGGGUAAGCGAAACCUGCCGGCGACGGUGCAGGUAGACUUACUCUUUCCUCGAAACGAAACGUACAAGCCGGCGCCAUGGUUCCCUCUGGUUCUCGCAGUCAAGGGCCUCGAGGAUGUCUGGCCCUUUCCCAUGGCCCUCGACAUGUCCGUCAUCAGCGCAAGCAGCACACUUGGCGUGGACGCACCCAGCUAUCGCAACUUUGAUAUGUCCUUUUUCAAGUUUAUAUGGACCGUGGAUCACUCAUCAUCCAUAACGCACUUUGUGCAUAUUCCCCUCGCCAACAUUACCAACGGCACGACAGAUCAGUUUCACGUGAGCUUUCAGUUGAAGGUGUUGCGCCGCUGCGCGGCCAACGGCACUGAAAUACAGCGAAACUGGGGGAGCAACCCUAGCUUGCUGGAGAAAUACAGCCUGGACUUUAGCACUUCCCCGGACGGCAAGGUGCCCGAUAUUGAGGAAUCCAUCAGGGCAUGCCCAAAACCAAAGCCCGAGUCGUCCGUUGCGCUCCGUAUCAGCGGCAUCUUCACAAUGCCCAUAUACGCCCCUGAGGUCGAGCAUCAGGACCAGUAUUCCGUGUUUGAGGUGACGGAAUCAGCUGUCUGUUCAUACAAGGAUGUGGCUGCUCAGGUGGCCAAGAAUGUAUCGGAUACUGUCCUGAAUGCGAGGCACUGCAGCCAGUGCGCCUGGCAGGACCUUACGGAAGUUUGCGAGGAGAAGCAAAACACGGCGCCCCUGCUUGGCGCAAAGGCUGAAAUACCCGUAGUUUGGUCCAGUUGCUUGAUACUGGCCACGGUGGUUGUAAAUGGCUACAUCUACCCAAAAUGCCGUGGAAUUGGCGAGAGAGCCUUCCUAGCCUUGCCCGCUCAUGGUAGUAUUAGCGCUCGCGGCAUGUUGCAUAAGCCAGCACCAGCUGCGUGGGGCAGUACUUUUUCAGUCUUUAAGAAUACCCCCUAA